AUGCAAGACUGGAUAAAGAUAACCCUCAUACUAUGUUCCUUUGGAAUGUUGAGAGAGAUUCGGCCUUCUGAGCCGUUUGUGACUGAAUUCCUUCUUGGUGAAUGGCGGAAUAUUACAGAAGAUCAACUCAAUCGUGAAGUUUAUCCUAUAGGAACUUACUCCUACCUGGCUUUACUUGUAGUUGUCUUUUUAAUCACCGACUUUCUCCGUUUUAAACCAGUUAUAAUUCUUUCAGGUAUUAGUGGUAUAUCGGUUUAUGCUGUUUUACUAUGGACAUCCAGUAUACAAUGGCUCCAAGUAUCACAGUUCCUUUAUGGCUUAUAUAUGGCCACGGAAGUCGCAUAUUUGACAUACAUAUAUGCUAAGGUAGAUUCAGCUAAAUACCCAGUGGCUUCAUCAUAUACUAGAAUAGCGGCUUUAACCGGAAGAUUCCUAUCAGGUGUAAGCUCACAACUAUUGACACAUUUCGAGCUUAUGGACUACAGACAGCUGAACUACAUCACAUUAAUUGCACAAAUCUUGGCAACAUUUUGGGCUUUCUGGUUGCCCCCCGUGCCAUAUGGUAUUUAUUUCCAUAGACAAUCUAUAGACAAUACGUUUCAGGUCGACUAUACAAAAACCGACGAAAAGUCACAUUCCUGCCCAACAGACACUGUAAAGGAUACCUUCACAAGGAACGUAAAAAACGCCGCAUUUCUCAUAUAUAAGCACGCCCGUUUAGCGUAUACGCGGCCUAAAGUGCUCGUCUGGUCCGCCUUAUAUGCGGCCGCCUUAGCGUUGUUUGUACAGACACAGACAUACAUACAGUUAUUGUGGAAGCAAAUACAAAAAGGAACUGACAGCCCCGUGGUAUACAAUGGCGCAGUAGAAGCGACUCAGACCUUGCUAGGUGCGGUCGGUUCCUUCGCAUCGUCACAUCUGACCCGCGCCUUAUAUCCAGGUCUUGCAGGAGUUGCCCAGGGUGCAGCUGUAUUCCUCGGCGCCUUCAUAGAUAACGUGUUCGUGUCAUACGCCGGUUAUAUAGUUAUGGGACUAUUGUAUCACUAUAUUAUAACACUAGCAAGUGCCAAAAUCGCCUGCCAGUUGACGGAUGAGAGUUGUUUCGGUUUAAUAUUCGGUAUAAACACUCUAGUGGGUACCGGACUCCAAUCAAUACUGACCAUCGUCUUAAUACAGAGUUUAUCAUUAAACAUAACUUCACAAUACUUUUCUAUCAGCGGUCUUUUCAUAAUUUUAGCCGCAAUAUGGAUAUUGGGAUUGAUGUUGAACGGUUGCAAACAGAAAAGAAUUAACGCCGCCGCACAGUAUUAA